UCAGUCUCUUUUUGGAGCUUUCAGAGUAUAGUUCCACUGAAAUUACAGCAUGCUUGAAUGGUUUAUUUCACCAAUAUUUGCUUAUGGAAAUAAAGGGGAGUGCCAGAGGAGAAAGGAGAGGAGUGGAGGAGGGGUUUGAGGUUGAGGGAGGCUCUGACCACAGUACAGAGCACGGCAACCUUGUCUGAUGUGAUCAUUAACCUUCCUGGAAAACGCAGCUGGCAGUUCUCUGAGGUUUGUCAUUAGAAUGUGAAGACAGCCACACAGAUAUUGCACAGACUAUUUACAGAUCGUUUGGUUUACAUUGAGAGCCAUUGCUCCACUUUUGUGCGGUAGGAAAAUGAGAUUUCAGAAAUUCCUUUUUGCAUUUUUUAUAUUUAUUAUGAGUCUUCUCCUUAUCAGCGGACAGAGACCAGUUAAUUUGGCCAUGAGAAGAAAACUGCGCAAACACAAUUGCCUUCAGAGGAGAUGUAUGCCUCUCCAUUCACGAGUACCCUUCCCCUGAGAUCUCUCUAGCUAACUUUACUGGAUCUAUCAGAAGAAGAAGAGGAGUGAAUGAAAGAUACCCAGCCACACAAAAGCACUUCAUGAUGGCAGCAGCGUGAUUGCCUGGAAGUUCCUAUAUAAACAAGGAGCAUUUGAAGGCAUCUGGGAUGGUUUACUAGUUUCACAGAAUUUUAUUCUUCUUGGUUUCUCUUGAGAAGGAAAAUAACAUAAAUUCAAAAGGAUUCCAAUCUGAAGCCCAAAUUAUUGGCCUACAUAACAAAAAUAUCUUUUCCUACACAUUAUUAUUCUCUUAUGGGUUAAAAGGAAAAAAACUUUUAGUGUCUUAGAAUUCUUUCAUGAUAAGAAGUGCAAGAAUUUAAGAUGCUCCUUUUUUACUCCUAUAAUUCUCCCUAAGUAUUAACUUUGUAUAUGUUUCAGUAAUUUUCUAAAAACUGCUCAAUCUGACAUUAAUUUCACUGACCAUUUGGCUAUGUACAAUAAGGAGAAAACGAUUGAUUCAUUGAUUAUAUAGAGAGAAAGACUAAGAAAAGCCAUUAAUUGCUACCAAUUUUAUGAUAGGCUUUAAUGUUUAUGAAAAUAUGUCUUUGAUUUAAUGAGUAAUGUUGUUCAUUUGAAGUUAAAAGAAAGCAUAAAGUCCUAAUUGUAGUUCAUUUUAUGUUAAAAUGAAACCAUUUUUUAUUUUUUAUUUUGUCUGAGACAGAGUUUCACUCUGUUGCCCAGACUAGAGUGAAGUGACACACUCUUGGCUCACUGUAACCUCCACCUCCCGGGUUCAAGAGAGUCUCAUGUAUCAACCUCCCAAAUACAGGCUGGGAUUGCAAGUGUGUGCCACCACACCUGGCUAAUUUUUGUAUUUUUUUGUAGAGAUGGGGUUUCACCCUGUUGCCCAGGCUGGUCUUGAACUCAUGCCGGAACCAUUCAUUUUUGAACCUUUCUCAUCAUUUAAUUAUAAGAAGCCAAUGUUUGAUUUUCUUUGAAGUUUUGCUGUAUCGUUUAUUAUUUUGUAUGGAUAAUUCCUUUAACAGGCUUACUUAAAGUUGACAUCUAAAAUACAGUUAUGCCAGUGAAGUUCAAUUCAGGGUGAAAUCUGUAUCUAAAAGAUGAGAGCUCAUCAUCCAGUAGUCUUUGUCUUGGUGCUGUUCAUCCUGAGAUGCUGAGUUGUGGAAAUAUAAAAUCAGAAGGAAUUUAGGGAUGUAAUUACUCAAAAAGGAAACUGUCCUGUCUAAAUUUGAAUUUUGUUGAUAACUAGGUGUCCCCAGAUGUUAAACAAGCUCUUAAUCUGUAUUUGUUGAAGGAAUUUUUUUUUUUUAGACACGAUCUGGCUCCAUCACCCAGGCUAAAGUGUAGCGGCACAUUCUAGUCUCAGUGUAACCUCCACCUCCCUGGCUCAACCGAUCCUUCCACCUCAGUCUCCUGAGUACCUGAGGCUACAGGCACUCACAACCACACCUGGCUAAUUUUUGUAUUUUUUGUAGAGAUGGGGUUUUGCCAUGUUGACCAGGCUGGUCUCGAACUCAGGCUGGUGAGUUCAAGUGAUCUGCCUCCUUGGCCCCCCAAAAUGUUAGGAUUACAGGCAUGUGCCACUAUGCUGGCCCACGAGUUCAUCUCUUGAGUAGAAGUUUUACUUUAUAAACAUUACAGAGUAGAAGAAACCAUAAACCAUUAACCCUUAUUUUCCUAAAAUAAAAGAUUGGGGUUAAUACGGAUGUAAUUUUAAAUAGAAAAUCUGACAACACUGUGGAGUUUGUCUCCCUUUCAAAGCUUAUUAAAAGCAUCUUUGUGGAUGAAUAGUGCUUUCCACAAGUGCAUUUGACUAGAAACAUAGACUAUUCUCAGUUAUAUUUAUGUUUAAAUCAUGUACUUGCUUGUAUAUUUUGUACUAAAAAAGAUACAGUCAAGAUACAUCUUGUUCAAUAGAAGUCUAAACUCUUUCAAGUGCAAAUUCGCACAUUCAUGUAAAAGUUACAGAUCAGUUUUACCAUUGUAAAGUAAUGAAAUGGUUACACAUUUCUUAAUUGUGCAAUAAAGCACUCAGUCAUUUGAA